GGUGGUACGACCCGCCCGUCUCCAAGGCAGCAGAAACACUGGAAUGGAGGCGGAGUCACAUCAGCUGGACUCGGUCCCUGUGACACAUAAUCGAGUGUUUUAGCAAAAGGACAAGAAGUUGCUUUGCACUCUUUCGUUCGGAAACUGAAGGGCAGCAGCUCCAUUGUCAGCUAGACGAACUGACGUGUUAUUAAAGGCAAACCCGUGUGUGUGAUUAAACCCAAGCAGGCUCGCUCUCCUGGUCUCCUGGACAUGGCUAAAGAUCCACUAGCAGAAGCUGGACUUCAUUUCGAUGAACUCAACAAGUUACGAGUGCUCGAUCCAGAUGUUUCCCAGAAGACCACUGAGCUUAAAGAAGAAUGCAAAGACUUUGUAGACAAAAUUGGACAGUUUCAGAAGAUAGUGGGUGGGCUUAUCGAAAUGGUGGAUGAAUUAGCCAAGGAAGCAGAAAAAGAAAAAAUGAAGGCGAUAGGUGCUAGAAAUCUGCUGAAAUCAGUUGCGAAACAACGAGAGGCUCAGCAGCAACAACUCCAGGCUCUAAUUGCAGAGAAGAGGAUGCAGCUGGAAAGGUACAGAAUCGAAUAUGAAGCUCUCUCCAAAGUCGAAGCGGAGCAGAAUGAAUUCAUUGACCAGUUUAUGCUGCAGAAGUGAUCGUCUUUUCUUCUGCAUUUUGUCAAGAGGACAGAAAGUAUGAUGCUAUGCGUCUCUUUGACAAUGACUUCGCUAAUAAGAAGUAGGAUUCUCACUUGAUUUGUUUCAAUACGUGGCUUUAACAACCUCAACAUAUGACCCAUAUCAUGACCAGUUCCUGGGGUUACAAAUGUAACAUAUCUGUUCCACGAUAAGGCAUUAGUAUUUAUAUAAAACAGAACAUAUUUAUACUAUUUAUAUAGAAGUAUUCUGUACACUUUAUUUUAAUACCUCUUUUGCUACCAGGUAAUAAAUACAGUAUCUGCAUGUUACUGUAAUUAAUUACAAGACCAAGACUUGAGUGUUUUAUCUGUAUAUUUUGUAUCCUUUUUGUGAUUUGAAAGCUUUGAUUUGAUUUUCUUUAAUUUUUCAACACCCUUGAUAGUUCAUGGGACCACAAAAGGAGGUACAUUUUAAAGGUUCUGGACAUUUUGUACUCAAACAGUGCAUUUAUUUACUUUGUUUACAAUACAUUUAUUAAAAUUCUUACACAAUACUUAUUGUCAAAGUACUGUUCGUGUUGACACGAUGACUCGAUGUAAACAUGAUGUAUAUUUGAAUAAAACUAUUUUUGCUCA